AUAAAAAGACCACAUGUCAACAAAUCUGCCUGUCCUCGCACGUAGUUUAGAAGAAGGUCGUUCCAUUCCCUUCCUCAGAGGAGAGAGAAAGAGAGCGAGCAAGUCUGGGAGGGGGAGGCACAGCAGUCAGGCAGGCAGGCAACGCCCACCCCCCACAGAGGAGAGAGAGAGAGAAAGAGGCAGCAGAGCACAUAACCAAACGACACCCAUCCGAAAACCCCGAAAGGAGGAGGGAAAAGGGUGAGAGAAAACCACGCAGUCGCUUGUCCAGACAAAACAAGAACAAGAACCCACCAGUACGCACUUCCUCCUCCUCCUCCUCCUCUCUGCCUCUCUCUCCUCCCUCCCUCCGCCAGUCCGCUCCCCCCUGGCCCAUCAGAUCCAAUUCCUUCCCCCGACCCCCGUCCCGGAUCCGCCGCAAUUCCUUCCUGCGUCGAGCUCGACUGCUCCCUCUCCCUGCCCGCAAGAAUCCCGCCGUGGCCGGCGGCUUAGUGGGACUCCCAAGUCGAAGCCAAGGCUGGUGGGGGGCGCGCUCCUGCCGGGCGUAGCGGGCCAUGGGCGCGCUGUUGCCGUUCGUGCGUCGGGUAACCAGGGCCGUCAGGCUCAGUCCGCUGCAGCGCAGCGCCGAGGAUCGGUGAGUUCCUUCCUGUCUCGCGAGUUGACAUCCGAACGGCUUCACAGGAAUAUAUUUGAGCCUUCUGUCCUGUUUCUUUUGAUCUUCUGUAUGUUUGCUUCAUUAUGGAAAGGGGUCGUGUGUUUCCAUGUUGCGUUUUGUGUGUGGUAAUUUCUCGUGAACGCAUUCCGCUAUUGACUGCUCGCCCUGUCGAGCAGAUUGAGCUAUCCAAUAUCCAUUUAGCUCGACACAGUGAAGAACUGAAGAUACACAUUGGGCUUGCUUGUGUUCCGUCUCUCUCAAACAUCCUGUUGGUGUGCUGUGAAGGUCUGAAGGUCACAUAAUCCACUUGGCUAUAUGCCGGGGUGGGUAAUGUGAGUCGGGCUUGAUAAAUGCAGACUUGUUAACUUGUUUUGCAACAAGAAUGGGGGCAAAAGUAGAACGGGAAAGUUAUAUGCCUGGAUAUUAUGCCACGGGGGAUCUCAAUUUGGAACCAAAUGGUAGAUGGUCUCCAUACUAUGAGGAGAUGACAUCAAAUGAUCAGUUAUGCAAUGGCUUCACAACAAAACCAACAAAUGACUAUUCAGAAUUUGACAAAGAAAUACUCAAGCAUCAAAUACUUGAACAUGAAGCUGUGUUUAGACAACAGGUGUAUGAACUGCACCGAGUUUACAAAAUACAGAAGGAUAUGAUGAAACAACAUCAAAGCAAAGAGGUAUAUUCAUACCCAACUUUGGCAGUUGCAUCACAUACAAAUUCACCAUCACAAGUGCCACAAAACGGUGCAAAGAUGAUGUGGCAGAUGCCAGUUCCUCCAAUGUCCACAACAUACAGGAAAGCUAUUGGAGAGCAUAAUGAUACAAACCAGUCCUCCAUGAAGUUCCUUAGAGAAGGCAGUGUGCAGUCCUCACCAAAUGGAUUUAUAUCAAGUGAUGUUGGUCCAAGAAGCAGACAAGGCACUUUUGACCUUCAACUUCCAGCUGAUCAUUAUAUAGAUGACGAUGGCACAUCAGAUAACAAGCCCAUAGAUUUCCUUGGUUUGGCAUCAGAUACAAAACCCCGGAAUGAUGCUGAGCUUACAUUAGUUAGUGCAGAAGGCUUGGGCAAGUUCAGUGAUAAUAGUUCAUCCUCGGGUUUGCAGACUACAAAUAAUCUUGGACCCCGGCAGGUUACCGACCUGAAUGAAUCAAAUACUGGCUUCCAUAUGGGUAGAGCAAAUGGAUCAGUUUCCAGAGGCCUUCCGCGUACCCUUGAGAACUCAUGGAACCAACCAAUAUUGAGAGCAAACACAACUAAUUUCAGUUUCAGUAAAAAACACUCCAAAGAAAAGCACACAGAUGAAGGUACAAGCUCAAAUUUCUUUGACACAAGUGUGAAAACAAUACAUGACGACAAACCAUCAAUCAAUAAAGGUAAACAAGUCAGCAGUGUAACUUUUUUAGCACCCAGAUAUAAUGAUGCUGACCCCCCAAAAUACUUCAAAGCUGUUGAUGGGAGGCCUGCCACUGCCAGUUAUAACCACUUUGUUUACCAAGGUCAGAAUAGUUCAGUUGGAUGGAUUGCACAAAGUCCUCUGGAACCUUCUGUUAUCAAUAAUUUUGCUAGAGUUGACCGUCCACAUCAUUUGAAUAUGGGUACAUUUACUGCCCCCGUCUCUAUUCCUCAAAUAGACAAUCCUUCAAUUGUCUCCCCGAUGGGUUCUUGCACAGCAGACCCAAGGAGCAGCGUUAUCAAUAAUCCUGCUUUAAUUCCAAGAUUCAAUGGGUUCUCAACUGUGAAUUCGUACACCAGUCUUAGUGCUGUGACGCAGAGCAUUGGAACUUCAAUCCCAAAGCUGAUAAAUGUGGAUAAUGUAGAUAAACGCUAUCGUGGUUUUCCACUUGAUUCGUUUUCCGUGUCUCACUCACGACAUCAGGUAGCAGUUUCAAGUAACCUGGAGCAAAAGAAUUCCCAGAAGUUGGAAGAUUCAGAUCAACAGUCCCAUGGCAAGGGUAUGAAGAACUUCAAUUUGAAUGAGACACUGUCAGAUUGUCAGGAAGAUGGUCUUGUAGAACAAGAUGGGAGAUGUGCUUCCAGUUUUCAGCAUGAUAAAGAUGGGGGGUCAGUACUUGGGAUCUCUUGGCUCAAAAAAAAACUUAUGUCUGCUGACCCAACAGCUGUGGAGAAGCCAGGGAAGAUUUUUGGACAUUCAUUGGGAACUGCAAUAGAGCUGAAAAAUACUAAAGACCAGAAUGAACCAGCUGUGACUAUUCGGAAUUUGUCAGAUUCUGCUUCUACAUCUGUUGGCUGUGCAAUUAAGAAGGAUAGGCCUUCGGAUAACAUUGUUACCGGAACUCUGCCUGUCUGUAAUAAAGCCCAAGAGGGUGCUACAUGUUUACCUCUUUCGUGCCAGAAGCAUGUGCCUAAAGAUGGACAAGCCGCUGAAGGAGCCACCAAGAAAAGUGGCGCCCCCAUCAGGAACUUCAUCGAUCUCAAUGAUGAUGUACCAAAUGAUGACAAUUCUGAGGAAUCAGUAGUGUCACACGAAUGCCACGUGGAACCUUCACGGAACAACCAUCCUAAACGAGCAUUUGUGAUUGAUUUAGAGGUGCCGGCCUGUGAAGAGGACGCUUCGUGGGAUAUUGAUCAAGAAUGCGCGCAGCCGAAACCUGAUGCGUACCAGGAAGUUGACGACGGAUCUGAUACAUCCGCUCUAGCUGCAGCCGAGAACAUCGUAGCGUUGUCAAGGAAUACGCCAACAGCCGCAGAGGCAUCGGACGAUACGUUGCAGUGGUUUGCAGAUCUCGCUGUAUUAAACAUCAACGACCUUGCUGAGCAAGCUGAACUCCAAGCUUGUACGAAUGAUUCCAGUAACUACGAGUCGGAUUCAUUCGAGUCCUUGACACUGAAGCUGGAAGAGACCAAGAUCGACGAUCUCUGGAGCAGGCCACUGGAACCUGAAACCGCAACCGAUGAACAGACAGUUUCAGCUGCUCACCUUCUCACCAAGCCCAGAAGGGGCCAGCAAAGGAGACGGCGGCAGAAGCGAGAUUUCCAGAGAGAUGUCUUGCCUGGCCUUUCGUCGCUUUCCCGGCCUGAGAUCACAGAGGACGUCCAGUUGCUCGAGGGGUUAGUCCAGGCUUCCGGGGGAUCCUGGGAGUCGAGCUUGACUAGGCGAGGACGUUGUGGUGGGCGUGCUAGAGGCAGGAAACCUCGGAAAACUGUAGUAACCGUAAUUGUAGAGGAGGAGGAAGAGGAGGAGGUAGAGGUUAGCCCACCGCCAAAACCUGCUGGCACUGGGGAAUUGGAAGCCGAUGGCAGGGGUAUGAUCGGGUGGGGCAGAACAACAAGGCGGUGUCGCAGAGCGAGAUGUCCGUCAGGUAACAGCAUGGCUACUGCGUCUUGAGUGGGAGGGUAUUUCUUGGCAGCAAGCAUUGGACCUGAUUAGGUACUGGGUGGUUCACAAUUGUUGUAUUGACUCCGAUGGAUGGGCUGGUGGUAUAAGGUGAUCACACUCAUAUGAGUGUCGGCCUACUGGUCUCAGCACAACUUUCGUGCUUUUGGGUCGAAACAUGGUUUACGUUCUUAUAAUAAGUUCGGUAAAUUAGCUGGCGAGACAUUUCUGCGACAGCAUUGUACUAAGCUGUUCCAGGUUAUGAGGCCCGGUGCCCCGGUAUAUAUUCAUUGUGAGAAAAACUGCAAUGCAUGUAAACCACCUUGAUCUCUGAAGAAUAGCUCAUCACAUGUGUAACAAAAGGGUGUGAAUGAGGCUCUGAGCCUGUAUUCUUUUUGUAGCUGUAUGCCCUGCCUAAUUGGCGCUAGUAUCCAGCAUGCGAAUUGCUAAUUUAGUUUUA